CACAGCUUGCCCACCUUUCUAAUCCCCAACCGAUUCAAGUCGUUGGGUAGCAUAACAACCCAUCUCAAUUUCUCUUCUUAACCAAUUUCUCGCCUCUUGUAUCUUCUAAAACACGAGAUAUCAGUCAGAGAGAGAGGGAGAUGGGGAACUGCCAAGCUGCGGAAGCAGCAACGGUUGUGAUCCAACGCCCAGGGGGCGUGAUCCAACGGAUCUACUGGUCCGUCAGCGCCAAUGAGGUCAUGGCAUCCAACCCCGGCCAUUACGUCGCCGUCGUAACGGCGUCCGUAACGGCGAGAUCCGAGACGGGCGUGCCGGUCAAGCAGCUGAAGCUGCUCCGCCCUGACGAUACGCUGCAUAUCGGCCACGUGUACCGGCUCAUCAGCUUCGAAGAGGUUUUGAAGGAAUUCGCUGGGAAGAAGUACACGAAGCUUAGCAGAGCGAUAUCGAUGCAGAAACAGAGAGGAGAGAAGGAAGGAGGCGGGUCGAGGACGACUCGGGCGGACAAAUCCCUGUUUCAGGUCGUGGAGCAGGAGCAGGUGCUUAAAGUAGGUAGUAGCAGCAGAGUGGGCGUGUCCAGGCAUCAAAAUAGACAGUGGAAGCCAGCCUUGCAGAGCAUCGCUGAGGUUGGGAGCUGAGCCUCCCUCUCUCCCUCCCAUUUUCUUUUCUGUCCCACCACCUCGUGAUCUAGACCGUUCAUCUCGAAAUACCCUAAAUAGAUGGUAUAAGUGAAACAACAGAAAUCUUACCCAUGAAAUCUAACUGUCCAGAAGAAUCAACAAUCACGAGGUGGGGCUUGGUCAGCGAGCCUUGCUAGCAAGCCUCUUUCAAAAAGGUCUUUAAAAAAAACAAGGUGUACUCAAAACGAAUAAAAUGAGCAGCUCUUCUUCUUUCC